AUGUCCACUGAGGCACAAAGGGUCGAUGACAGUCCCAGCACAAGUGGGGGGAGUUCGGAUGGAGACCAGCGGGAGAGCGUUCAGCCGGAACCAGAACGAGAGCAAGUUCAGCCCAAGAAGAAGGAGGGGAAGAUAUCCAGCAAAACGGCCGCGAAACUCUCCACGAGCGCCAAAAGAAUUCAAAAGGAACUUGCAGAAAUCACGUUGGACCCUCCUCCCAACUGCAGUGCCGGACCCAAAGGAGACAACAUUUAUGAAUGGAGGUCAACUAUAUUGGGACCCCCAGGAUCUGUCUAUGAAGGAGGGGUGUUCUUUCUUGACAUUGCCUUUUCACCAGACUAUCCGUUUAAACCCCCUAAGGUCACCUUCCGAACACGGAUAUACCACUGUAACAUUAACAGCCAAGGUGUCAUCUGCCUGGACAUCCUGAAGGACAACUGGAGUCCAGCCCUCACCAUUUCCAAGGUCCUCCUGUCCAUCUGUUCGCUUCUCACCGACUGCAACCCUGCGGACCCCCUGGUAGGCAGCAUCGCCACGCAGUACAUGACCAACAGGGCAGAGCACGACCGGAUGGCCAGACAGUGGACCAAGCGCUACGCCACCUAG